AUGUUUUCGAAAUUUAGCAUGUGGGCGAUCAUUCGAAUCACUCAACCUGGCAACUCACAAAUUUCUGAGAAUGGCCGCUCGCCGCCACCCAACUCGGGGCAAUCGUCAUUCAGGAACCAACAUCGGCUAGCUUCUCUGUUCUCAACUUCGUUACGACGUAUCUUUUUUGACAACAACUUGGCUGGUGAUCAAAUAUACAAAAGAAACAAAUCUGGUGGGGAUACGGUGUUGUCGGAAUGGUUGCUUGAUUCUCGUCGACGAUUUUUCAUUGGAGUCGAUUGUUGGAGAGAU